AAUGAAGAGUCAACGUAAUUUCGCUCAGCAAAAGAAAACAGCUUUAUCUGACGUUGACUUGAGUAGAAAAGGAAAUAUUGAUCAAUAUAUAUUAGAACUUUUACAGAUAGUCAAUGACAGUGAAGAUCUUUUUUCAACGAGUUCUUGUUCAGGAAGAAUUACUUUAUUUGAAGAAAUAUCAGGAAAGAAAAAGGGUUGUUCCUGGUUACACAUAUCACACGAAAAAGUACAAUUUGAAGAUAUAGAAAAUGCUUUAAAAGAAAGUGUUGGAAACUCUUAUAUUAAGUUCGAACCUUUUGUGGCUCAUAUACAAUGCAUAGACUUGGAUCACGCACGUCGUCUAUUAUCUGCUGCAAAUGCUGCUGGCUACAGAAAUUCUGGAUUGACCAUAGGCAAAAAAGAUAGGAUUCUUCUCGCUAUCAGAAGUACUCAUACACUCCAAGUUCCUCUAUCUUUAGAUGGAAAACUGAUAGUAUCAAACGACUAUAUCAAGCACGUUAUUCGCUUAGUUAAUGAAAAGAUGGAUGAAAAUAUGAAUUCGAUAGAUAGGUUAACUGGUUUAAUUAGAGAAGCCAUUAACGAAUUUAAUAUGGCCAAAAGCGAAAUUAAUAAAGAUACUAAAAGGAAGAGAAGACAGAAGAUAAAUAAUGAAAAAUCAAAUUCAUAUAAAGAAAACAAUAUUGUUGACAAUCAAGAUUUUUCUGAAGAAUUGGUAGCAGAUUUUUUUACAAGUGAUCCUUGA